AUCACGUGACGCGAGCUUACGAAGAUGGUGGAAGUUUCUUCUUCCUUGAAGUGAAGCUCCGACUGAAUCCUAAACACCGAGGGCUAGGAGUUCACUGCAGCGUUACCAGUUUGGGUUUAUAUACUUUAAAAUAGGGCCUCCAGCCCAGCCCCUAUGUCAUGGCAAGUGGAGUCACCAAGCCGGGCCCUUCCAACGGUCACCCUAUGAAGGCACAGCUACAAAUCGUUGUGCUAUCUGCAAAGCUAAAAGAGAACAAGAAAAACUGGUUCGGCCCCAGUCCCUAUGUGGAAGUGACAGUCGACGGCCAGUCCAAGAAAACUGAGAAAUGCAACAACACCCACAGCCCCAAAUGGAAGCAGCCGCUCACUGUGAUUGUGACUCCGUUCAGCAAACUGGUGUUCCGUGUGUGGAGCCACCAGACCCUGAAGUCCGACGUGUUGCUGGGCAUGGCCACACUGAACGUCAGUGACACGCUCAAGUCUAACGAAAUGAAAAUUUCUGAGGUGGUGCAGACCUUACAGCUGUGUGCAGACAGAGACCAGUCCGAUGUGGUGGGAGACCUCUCCGUCUGCCUGGACGGAAUGACUGUCGACCCCGAGAUGUUCGCCACGGCAGAGGCCGACCAUCACAGUACAUCAAACGGGGAUUCCCAACCCAAUGGGGAUCAUGUCACAAGGCGGAGUCGAGACAGCUCCCCUGCUGUGAGCGUGGACGGUGUCGAGCACAGGUCUUCUCCCAGCGGGCGGAGGUCGGUGCACAGCGCGGGGUCUCCCUCUGUGUCCUCAGGGGGCUCGAGGCCUCUUCGACCCCCCCGGCCCUCCAGACCUCCUCCUCCAACCCCGCGCAGACCCGCCUCUUCACCAGCAUCCUCUAGUAAUGGCUCUGCAACAGCUGACGGCAGUGACUGUCAGUCGGGUUCUGACACACCGGUUCGAACCCCGGCUUCAGGACCUUCUCCGGCACCAGGACCCUCACCUGCACCAGGACCCUCACCUGCACCAGGACCCUCACCUGCCCCAGGACCCUCACCGGCCCCUGGAUCAAGUCCAUCGGCGGGCUCGGAGAGGAACUCUACAGCGGCCCCCAGCUCCGGGGCUGCUGCCCCCAGCUCCGGGGUAGCGGCCUCCAGCUCCGGGGCUGCGGCCCCCAGACAGCCGGCCAGCAGCGUCACCCCUGCUGUCACUCCGAGUGUCCCCGCUGUCAGCACCGGGCCCCUGCCCCCAGGGUGGGAGCAGAGGGUGGAUCAGAACGGCAGGGUGUAUUUUGUCGAUCACGUGGAAAAGAGAACGGCGUGGGAACGCCCUGAACCACUGCCCCCUGGCUGGGAGCGUCGUGUCGACCAGAUGGGGCGGGUCUACUUUGUCGAUCACAUGACCCGGACCACCACGUGGCAGCGCCCCACCAUGGAGACGGUGCGUAACUAUGAGCAGUGGCAGCACCAGCGCAGCCAGCUGCAGGGGGCCAUGCAGCAGUUCAACCAGAGGUUCAUAUUCGGGCUACAAGAGCAGGUCUCAGCCACUCAGAAUAAGGAGUUUGAUCCUCUCGGGCCUCUGCCACACGGAUGGGAGAAGAGAACAGACUCCACUGGCAGAGUUUAUUUUGUACAUCACCCUACGCGAGCAACACAGUGGGAGGACCCACGAACACAGGGUUUGCUGAAUGACAAGCCUCUCCCUGAGGGCUGGGAGAUGAGGUUCACUGUAGACGGUAUUCCCUACUUCGUGGACCACAACAGGAGAGCGACCACGUACAUCGACCCUCGCACUGGAAAGUCCUCACUUGAAAACGGACCUCAGAUCACCUACGUUCGAGACUUUAAAGCCAAAGUACAGUACUUCAGAUUCUGGUGCCAGCAACUGUCAAUGCCUCAACACAUCAAGAUCAGCGUAACCAGGAAAACCCUGUUUGAGGACUCCUUCCAGCAGAUUAUGAGCUUCAAUGCUCAAGAUCUACGAAGGAGACUUUGGAUCAUCUUCCCUGGAGAAGAAGGCCUUGACUACGGAGGCGUUGCCAGGGAGUGGUUCUUCCUGUUGUCCCAUGAAGUUUUGAACCCCAUGUACUGCCUGUUUGAAUAUGCCGGAAAAGAUAACUACUGUCUCCAGAUUAACCCCGCCUCCUACAUCAACCCUGACCACCUCAAGUAUUUCAAGUUCAUCGGACGCUUCAUUGCCAUGGCUCUUUUCCACGGCAAAUUCAUCGACACUGGUUUCUCACUGCCAUUCUACAAGCGCAUGCUCAACAAGCCCCUGGCCCUCAAAGACCUGGAGUCGAUCGACCCGGAGUUUUACAACUCGCUCAUGUGGAUCAAGGAUAACAACAUCGAGGAGUGCGGGCUGGAGAUGUUCUUCUCCGUGGACAAAGAGAUCCUGGGGGAAGUCUCCACCCAUGAGCUGAAGCCAGACGGAGGAGAGCUCCAGGUGACGGAGGAGAACAAGGAGGAGUACAUCAGGCUGGUAGCAGAGUGGAGGCUGUCCCGAGGGGUGGAGGAGCAGACUCAGGCUUUCUUUGAAGGCUUCAACGAGGUCCUCCCUCAGCAGUACCUGCAGUACUUCGAUGCUAAAGAGCUCGAGGUGAUGCUGUGUGGUAUGCAGGAGAUCGACCUGGCAGACUGGCAGAGAAACACCAUCUACAGACACUACGCUCGCAGCAGCAAACAGAUUGUCUGGUUCUGGCAGUUCAUAAAGGAGGCGGACAACGAGAAGAGGAUGAGGCUGCUGCAGUUUGUCACAGGAACCUGUCGCCUGCCUGUAGGAGGCUUUGCCGACCUUAUGGGAAGCAAUGGUCCCCAGAAGUUCUGUAUCGAGAAGGUGGGAAAAGAAAACUGGCUUCCCAGAAGUCACACGUGCUUCAACAGACUGGACUUGCCGCCAUACAAGAGCUACGAGCAAAUGAAGGAGAAGCUGCUGUUUGCCAUCGAGGAGACGGAAGGCUUCGGACAGGAGUGAAAGGAAUCAGGAGGCGUUUGAUAGAGGGUGCAGGACUCUGAAGGAAAACAGUGUUCAAAUCAGGGAGCCCCUUCAGAAAAAGCGGGUGUUUUCAUUCUACUCAAGCAUGCACGCACACACUCGUUUGCUACUCCUUCGGGUGCGUGUGUGAGACCGUCGCCUGCAUGCUGUUGCUACGGAGCUGGGAUUAUGGUCUUCUCUGCUCGCGGCAGGCCUCUCGAUGCUCGAUAGGUACCUGAAAAAUGUUGUAUUCUUCUGAACCUGAAGCUGCUCCCAUCUCUCAGGAUGUGCGGCAAAUUAUGCAUGGGAUCCUGAAAACGCACCCUCCAUGAAAUCUGCAGGAUUUCCCCCUCCUCACAUCAUGUAACGGCGAGCAACGGGGGGCAUCGUAGAAAUCUUAAAACCAGAAAGGGCACAGGUUCUUAAAGUAGAGUCUCGCAACGGUGACUUUGAUCGUGAUUUAAUUCCUAAAGUGUUUAUUUUAAGAUAAGAUUGAGAGGGUGUGCUUUUUCUUUAACAGGGUUGAAGGCACAAUGAGUAGGAUUUGUUCAAUUACUAUUUUUUUUGAACACAUUUAGAGUCAGCUAAACGAGGGUGACGGUGCUUGCUAGCAGAUAGAAGCUAUCCCCAGAUUCAAUUUCGUUUUGGAAGGAAGUUUAUUCUGCACGUCGUUGACAUUUUCCUGGCACUAUGUCUGCGUUGUUUUCCUAAAUCAAUGCUUACAAUCUAGCACCUUGGUCGCUACAUUUUUAUGGUAGAAGUUGCCGACAAACGGACAAAUAACGGCAAAAAGAAGAGAAAAUCCACGUCUCUGUUCCUGAUCCACACACUUCUGAAGUGAGGAUUUAGAGGAUUAAUUGUUCUACAAUCUGUACAUUUUGGAAAAAUCCUACUCGUUGUGCCCUUUCACCAAAAAGCAGACGUUGUUGCCCUAAGAUUGUUUAUCGUGUCCACAUUUAAAAUGAUGACAAACAGUGACUUUGAUCACAUCCUGAAAUCUCUCUCACUUUCACUCAUGACUUAAGUGAUUUUUUUUGUGACCAUAUAAAAUGAUUGCUAUGUCGUAGUUUAUUUUUUAAAGUGCCCCAAAUUAAUGCUUAAAUAACAGACAAUCUUGGUGCUGCAAAGAGAUUUUUGCGACAUGUCUAACAUGUGUAACUAGAUCACUUUUUUUGUGUUCUAUAGUAUUUGAUCUGUGAAUCGCUUAAUGAUUGUGAAAAGUGUUGGAGCCUCCAUUAUUUUAAAGUAGUGGGAAAUGUGGACAACAGAACUUAGACUUACCCUAGUUUUAUAGGGAAAGAGUUUGAACGCUGUGACGGGAAUGGGGAGUCUUGGAUUAUAGAGAAUUCUGGGAGUAUUUUAUAAGUUAUUCGUGUUAAAAUCAGCUUCAGAGGGUUAUUUUAAUUCACGGGGUGGGUUUGUUAAAGACAAGGUCCUGAAAAAUCUAGUGGGAAUGAAGUAUUUUAAAAUAUGUUUGAAGUACUUCAAUUAAUAUGUCAGUUUAAAUUAUUAUUUUUAGAAAGCAAGUGAAAACACCAAAUGCAAGUCAAACCAAAUCUUGUUUUUUCUUUUAGUUUAGAUCAAAUCUGAAGUGACAUUUUUAAUGCUUUCUUUGCAAAACUCCACAAGAAAUUGCAAGAAAACGCAUAUGUAGCAUUUGAAGGGGAUUGAUGAACGUAUUGCCCAACAGCCUACCACAAAAUAAACAGGAACAAUUUUAUGACAUUCUUACACAUUUUAAAUAAAACUGGAUCUCAAUAACUAUCCAGUAAUAACAGAAGUGUAUGACGGAAAGACACCUCUAGAUGUGGAACAAAACUGCAAACAUCUGUUUGGUUAGGUUGACGUCACACAUUUGAUCAGUCACAGAGAUCCAGGGAGUGCUGUGGCUCAUUUAGAGUGAGUUAAAUACACUUUAAAUAGAAAGGUUAGGGCGGCACAAUUCAUCACAUUUUUAUUAAAAUCACAAUAUGGACUAGUGCAAUAUCCAAAUUGCAGUAAGCGCAAUAAUAUACAUUUCUGUUAAGGCAACAUAUUUGAAAAUAUUCUGAAUGAAGUGAAGCUGAAAAUAUAUCCCGGCCUUAACAGUAUUCUACAGACCUAUUAAAAUGAUUGUUCAGUAUGAUCCUCUUAAAGAAACCACACCAUCCUCGUAUCACGAGCUGUUGACCAAUCACAACCGAGCCAGCCAGCUAAUCAGAGCAGGCUGGGCUCUGGUUUCAGACAGAGGGUGAAAAGAGGUGCUGCAGCACAGGCAGUAUGAGAAAACCUUUUUGAACAUUAAAGAAUUGAAACUUGUCCAGUAGAGUCACACUAUACACAUAUGGACCUGAAAUGAGCAUAAUAGGAGCCUUUUAGUGAUAAUUGUAAUACCAUUUUUAUAAUUCUUGCAAAUCAUAUCGAAAAUAUAAUUGCCAGUGGGUAUUUUUCCAAAUUGUGCAGCCCUAGCUCAGGUGGUGUUGGUGUGACAUAGCAGAGCACUUUAAAACUAAAUAUCCCUCCCUUUUCUUCUCAGCAUGUGAAUAAUCUAGUCCUGGGCUCUUUGUUUCAACUUGGUGAGAUGGUGUUUGUCAUGAGCCUUCAGGUAGCCUUAUUUCCAUUCUCAGGCAUCAGAAAUCCUUUGUUAGCAAAAUGGUCAUGGCAGAGAUGAACCGAGAGUUCUGAGAGUGCACCAGUUUGGAAAAGCUAUAUGCUGAUGACACUUCAGCAUGGAUAACAACUACUGAGACACAGUCAGUGUAAUAUAACGAAUGUAUCAUAAUGAAACGUUGCCUCAGAUUGUUACCCCUGAUGCAGAGUGAGGUUUUGAUCUGGGUCGAACACAAAUAAAAAUCCCAGGGAGUUGGCAGAUAAAUAUGUGAAUAAUCAUAAUUCACCGCCUUUUUUCCCCUCCAUGUACAACUGAAACCACUGUCACUCCUGUAUAUGAAAACAAGUUGUAAAUGGUGUCAAUAACAAAUGUUCUUUUUUAAAAAGAAAGGUUUUAAUAAGAGGUUUAUGGUAACACUAUAUUUUCUUUUCCCUGUUCAAUUGCCGAUGUACAUGAAAGAUGUGUAAUAUAGAAAUUGUCACCUUAAUAAAUUAAAUUUAAAAAAAG